ACUUAGCAAAACUCUCAGAUGCUGGCCAUGUUUUCAGGGGCUGAACGACGGGCUUUUCUUUGGCAAACUUGGAUUCAUAAGCUCUGCACUACAAAGCAAGUGAUUAGAAAAGAAAUCCAUAGAAAUUAGACUAGCAAUACGAGCCUGAAGAUGGUAUGGGUGUGGCUUUUAUAUAUUGUUCCUGGAAAAUAAUCUUCAUGGGUACUUUUUCAAAAUACUGGCUCUUCUGCCGCGGAAAGCCUGCUGGGUCUAGGCUGAGCCCAGCAUGGAGAUGGAGAACCAUACCGUGGCUGCGGUGACGAACUCCUGCACCUUUCAUGAGGAGUUCAAGCAGAUCCUGCUGCCCCUGGUCUACUCUGUGGUCUUUGUGGUGGGGCUCCCCCUGAACUUCAUCGUCAUUGUGCAGAUCUGGCUCUCCAGGAAGGUGCUGACCCGCACUGCCAUCUACAUGCUGAACCUGGCCAUGGCCGACCUGCUGUACGUGUGCUCCCUGCCGCUGCUCAUCUACAACUACACGCAGAAGGACUACUGGCCCUUCGGGGACUUCACCUGCAAGUUCAUCCGCUUCCAGUUCUACAGCAACCUGCAUGGCAGCAUCCUGUUCCUCACCUGCAUCAGCGUCCAGCGCUACCUGGGCAUCUGCCACCCUCUGUCGUCCUGGCACAAGAAGAGGGGCAAGAGGUUUACCUGGAUGGUGUGCGGCGGGGUGUGGGUCAUCGUCAUCGCCCAGUGCCUGCCCACCUUCAUCUUUGCCUCCACGGGGAUCCAGAGGAAUAAGACUGUGUGUUACGACCUCAGCCCCCCGGACCGCUCCGCCAGCUACUUCCCCUACGGCAUGACGCUGACGGUCACGGGGUUCCUCAUCCCCUUCGUCUCCAUCCUGGUGUGCUACUGCUGCAUGACCAAGAUCCUCUGCCAGAAGGACGAGAUGAUAGGCCUGGCCGUGCGCAAGAAGAAGGACAAGGCCAUCCGGAUGAUCAUCAUUGUAGUCAUUGUCUUCGCCAUCAGCUUCUUCCCCUUCCACCUGACCAAGACCAUCUACCUGAUCAUCCGCUCCUUGGCAGGCGUGCCCUGCCUGGCCUUGCAAACCUUUGCCAUCACCUACAAGUGCACUAGGCCCUUUGCCAGCAUGAACAGCGUCCUGGACCCCAUCCUCUUCUACUUCACCCAACGCAAGUUUCGGGAGAGCACACGCCACCUGCUGCACAUAGUGAGCUCCAAGUGGAGGCACGACACAUGCCGCACCUACCAGUCGUAGGCUCUGGGGAAAGGAGAAUGAGGGGGGCGUGUUCUGCUGCACGGAGGCAGAGGACUGAAUGGCUGUGGCUUUAUUGCAGCCAGCCCUGCUUUACCCAGCAACAGAGAGAGAGAGAGAGAGAGCAGGAGGCAAGGACUGAUGGUCCUGAGCAUAGAGCUGGGAGCCAGGAGCUUCUGAGUUCUUACUCCCAGUUCUGGCCAUGGGUGGGUCACUAGGCCUCUCUAGGCCUCCCUUUACCCAUCUGCAGGAUGGAGAACAAUACUCUGUAAAUAACAGGUAAAAUGAUGUUGACCUGCCUCACCUUGGUCAGGGCCUGGAAAGUGCUUUGAGGCUGGACCAUGCUAAGAACAGUUUAUCCUUAAAAUUCCAGCAAAUGGCCUGAGCUGGGAGAGGUUCCAGUACAACUGGAAAGAAGGAAGUGAAAAUAAUUGGGAGCAGGUUUUGGGGCUGGGCUAGGUGGUGUCUGAAUGCAGUAUUAGUACGGUUACUGUGGUGCACCGCAGCUGUCACCUAUGAGGAGGAGUGGAGCUUUUUGCGGAUCUGCUGCUCGCUCUGUGGAUUUCAGCAGAACUGCUGAGGGACUGGCGGUCCUUGCCACAGAUCUCUGGCUGGCAAAGCCCUAGCAACCAUGCGUGGGGCUUUGUGGUGAAUUGUGCUACUGACGCUGAUUACAGUGGGCCCCACUCCAUGCCAUUGGAGUUGCAGCACGUGGGUUUAUCCUAAUGUGUUUCAUUCAGAAUGAUGUUUCCAGUAGAUUUGGGAAAUCAGUUAUUAGCAAGUAGUUCAGUGCUUCCUCUGGUUUACAACUACCUAGAUUUGGUGGACAAAAAUCUCUCUCUGUGUCAGUCCCCUAGAGAGGAGAUCACCUCUGAGAACCAGCCGUUCGGGAAUAGGGGAAUCAACUGCUACUUGCCAGUGCACAAAUUACUGGGAUCUGGUCAUCUUAUCCACCAGCUAGUGUUUUUUCACUGCUUUGCCACAGUAACUCAGCUUAGUUUCCCAAGCAGAAAGCUGAUUUACUAAUGCAAGGAAAACCUACAUUGGGAAUUUAGAGAUGACAGUAGGUCUCUUGGGACCACAUGAGUCUACAAAAGGAUUGAUCCAUAUGGGAGGACAGGAAAAGGGAAAUUUAGCAAGUACAUCUACAGUAUUAUUGGCUGUUAACAAUGAGGACACAAUCAUUAAGCUAACCUGACUAUAACAGUUUGAUUCAAUUCUAUCUAGGUUGUCUUACAACUCUCAUCCCUAUAAUAUCUGAGCAUCUUACAAUGCAAUCUUCCUGGUUUCAACUGUUUAAAGAUUCAUAAGUUGCCUGACUGGAUUUAAUAGGGCUCUGGUGUGUUUUUAUUUUGUUUUAUUUUAUUUUUGGGCACCCUCAUUAUAAAAGAAUUCUCACAUCAUCUCCAGCAUUUUGAGCUAAUAUCUAGUUCAUGGGAAAUUUAAUCUUGUGGGUUUUUUUUAAAAAAGGAACUAGAAACCAGAAUAUUUUUAAAGAAUUUCUAAUAUAGCUGCAGUGUUUUUAUGAUACACUGGUUUAGAGUGUAUGUGCAUAUCUCCCUCUAGUGGCAGAUCCUAGAUAUAAGACUGCUAUUUAAUUUAGCUCAUGCAGUAGAGACCUGUGUUUUUGAAUAUCACUGGUUCAGUCCCCACUGAAGUUAGCAUAUGCGCGGCCACAUCUCAUGAAAGGAUGCACUGGGCUUUUUAAGCAAAUCAACUCUGUUGUGACACAUCACUGAAUAACAUUUAAUUUGGGGGUGGGAGUGGAAGAAAUGAUUGGAAUGACUGUCGAUGCUUAUGCCUGAGAUGGUUCUUGAUUAGCAGCAGAAACUAACCAGUGAGUAUGGGCAGGGUAUGAAAUAAGAGUUGAAGAAUUUAACUGAACAAAGGUGGAGUCAACAGACUGGGCCAAAGCUAGCCCUGGGGUAAUCUAGCACACCGUGGAUAAAAUCACUUUGAACUUUGUGGAGUUGCAUCUGCUGACAGUGGGGGUGAAUUUGAUGCAGUGGGGAAGUGUAGGUGCUGUAUCUUCCCGUGCUGGGUGCAUUUGAAAUUAGCAUUGAGACAAGUAGCCAGACAUCUCCUAGGCACUACUCUGAGUAGUAAUGUGUCAUCUAUCAACCAGCACGGUCAUGUCAUAGCCACUCGUGACAUUUGUCCUCCGAGCUGUUUACGGGACGUCUGCCACAUUGGUCUAUAUACCAGGGAUUGAUCCAGGGAUCUCCAGAGCUAAAAGCACAAGCACUUACACUGUGAGCUAAGGAACCUAGUCCCUCUUGUGGGUAGCUGUAACAGCUUCUACCGCUGCGGGUCAGCACAGCAGCGGACCAGAUACACACACAUACCCGCACCAGUGGAUGACAUUUACACCACACCUGGUGGACUUGUGUCCACACAGCAGCUAUGUUCCCAACACAGCCACACUCUGCUUCAUUUAACCUGACUUCUACUGAUACCAUUUGCUUUUCCCUGUCUCAGUGCACCAGAUGUGCUCAUCUUCCUCUCUACCCCAUCUACCCCUCCUCUUCUCUAACUCACUACUCCCAUGGGCAGGGGUAAUGGAGGCUGGUGGACCCAAACUUCUGCUAAUGCUGUCUGCCGCAGCCCUGGGGCUGGGCCAUGGCAGGGCUCAGAGCUCCUCUGGGGAGCCUGGGCUAAGGACUCCUCCGGACUGCUCCAGGCACCAGCGGGCUGUCUGGGGCUCGGGGCUGGUCCGGGGGCUGGCCGGGGCUCAGGGCUGUGCGAGCAGGCCGGCCAGUGAGAGCAGGGUGGCAGAAGGGGCCUCAGGCAAAAGGGGCGGACGGGGCAGGGCCUCGGGCAGAAGAGGCAGGGCAGGGGCUAGCCUCCCCAAACGGGAGUUCACGUGCCGCCCGUGGCCAGUCCCUUCCAGGCCUCAUACCUCUCCCAAUCUCAUCCCCCUGGCAGCUCCAUCUCUCUCUCCAACCAUAGAAUCCCAGAAGUGUAGGACCAGAAGGGACCUUGAGAGGUCAUCAAGUCCAGUCCCCUGCACUCAAGGAGGGACUAAGUAAUAACUCGACCAUUCCUGACAGGUGUUUGUCUAACCUGCCCUUAAAACCCUCCAGAGAUGGCGCUUCCACAACCAUUGCCAUGAGCAGCAUUCUAGUCAUUUGCACUGAAGAAUAAUCCCACUUCCCCGACAGGAGCUUCUUUCCCAUGAAGCUCUGCACAUAACGCAUUUGCAUAAUGCUCUUCACUGUAGUCCUUUGUGGCAAAGGCUGUGUCGCCUUCUGUGUUUGUACAGCACCUCUCACAGUGAGGCCCCGAAUGAGACUUUGGGGGACUUCUGAAAUCCAAAUGAAUAGUAUAAUGUGAAUCCACCCUUACCGCCCUGUACCAGUGCAUUCUGGGAAAACUAUCCCAUAGUGCCUCAGUAGGCGAUAGCAUGCCCAGACUGGCACCCGCAGCAUGUGCAGCAAUGCCUUCUGGGAUGUCCUACCACACACACAGCUGGGAGGGAGCAGGCCGGGCCAAGCUAGUGAUGCAGGCCUGGUGUGGGGGUACCAUGGACAUUGCAAAGAAACAUUGUGCCAAAGCAGUUCUAGGAAAGCAUCCAUGGGCUGGACUAGGGUUCAGGUAGGGGUGGAAGUGCUGCCAUGGUUGCUAACCAAGUGUUAGCGGUGGAGGCAAGCCAACCAGGCCACUGCCUGGUUACAGAUGCUACUAGAAGUUGUACUAUGGACGUUGUAAGGUCAAAGGCAAAGCACCCACUGAGCCAACAGGCGACAUGUGGCCACAUCCACACACACAAAUCCCGCAGAGUGUCCAUCGCUGGAACUUAGCCAUUCACUGGACACUACGGCUGCAAACACUAGAUCUGAACUACCAAUUCUUGCCCACCUAAAGCUCCCACUGAACCCACAUUGGGCCUUGCCUAGGGGGAACGGAAAGGCUAAACCGCCACCAUCUGGUGCAUGUGUUUUGAGACGCUGUAGAGGGACUUUGUGUGGAGUAACCGUAGCGUUACCAGCUGGUCCCCAGAUGUAAAUCUACAGUUCAGAAUUCACCUUUCAGCACAGGCACUGACUUGUAAUUUUCCCCGAGGUGCUCCACCCCCAGUCUGCUCCUCCCCUCGAGAUCCCACCCUCGCUUUGCCUCUUCCAGCCCCCGCUCCAACCCCUCCUCUGAGGCCCUCACCUGUUCACUGCUCUCUGCCCUCCCACUAGUGCCUCCCCCAACCUCAGAACAGCUGAUCGGCGGCAGCACUUGAGCCCCAGAGCACUAUAAUCGGUGCCUAUGCCUUUAGGGCUGACCCAAAGCCCAAUGACAUCAGUAGGAAAAACUCCCAUUGACUCAAUGGGCUUAGGAUUGGGGCAUUUCUUCUGGUUGAUUCCAGUGUUUGAAAAGCUCCUAGGGAGAGUUCUAAUGCAGCUAUUUGGCCUGAAGGAACCUCCCCCAGCCUGGCAUUUCCCCAAAGUGGCCCUGUCUCUGGAGUUGAAUGACUGGUUAUCAGGCCUCCUUCUCCUUGGUGGAGAUCACUGGGUUUGACCGACAUUUGCUUGAGAGCAGCACCCUCUAUCUGGGCCAUAUCCAGGCUUGGGGUAGAUAGGACCACUUCCACCAUCAGCAGGCAAAACUCCCAGGUGCUUUAGUGUCUCUAGGUUCAGUAAUACUCAGACUUCAGUGGUUCAGGAGCCAAAUUAGCCAUCAACAGUACCCAAAAGAGCCCCGGGAGUGUGAAUUCAUUGUUUCAUUUACUAUUUUUAUAUCUAUAUAAUUAUUCUCACAGCAAAAUGGCUGACCAAGUAGUCUACAAUUGGUUAAUAACAUAGUAAAAGCCUCCUGAUUGGUUAAUAAUUAAAUCACCCAGGGUUUUAAUAUCAUGUGCUACAAAGAGCCACGGGAAAUGUAGUAAAAAGCCAGUUGCGGCUCCCCAGCCUUAGUCUGAGUAUCACUGCUCUAGUAGGUGGGAAUGUGCACUAGGACUCAGGAGAGCUAGCCUCCAGUCCUGGCUCUGCCACAGACCUGCUGCGUGACCUUGAACAAGUCACUUCAUCUCUUUGCGCUUCUGUUUCCUCUUCCACCCUUUGGCCUUCUUCUCUGUUUAGACCGUAAGUGCCUUGGGGCAGGGAGCAUAUCUCACUAUUGCCUUUAUGCAGUGCCUCGCACGAUGGGGCCCUGAUCUUGACUAAGGCCCCUAAGUACUGCUGUCAGACCAAGAACGAUAACUAGCUGAAGGCCCGUGCUGUCACAUUUGUGUGGAUCAAAAAGCUGAAAAUGGCUGAGGGCUUAAAAAUUGGAGGGUAACAGACUGCGAAUCCCAGUGCUGAUUGGACCUGGCGCUAGUCUAAACACAAAGAGCUCUCAGCCAGGCUGGUGGCUGGUCUCAUCACUGACUCAGCAGGGAUUCUGCACUUCAGAGGGACACCAGACAGAUUCGCAAAAAGAAAAGGAGUACUUGUGGCACCUUAGAGACUAACAAAUUUAUUAGAGCAUAAGCUUUCGUGAGCUACAGCUCACUUGAGAGCCCUGCAAUCUUUUUCUCUAGCUAAUUAGUUGUCCCUGACUACUCUAGGCCUGGAUUUGGGCUUUGAGGAGGCCCAGAAGAGAUGCCUGUAAAGAAAGAUCAUAGACAUGUAGCUGAGUGUCAGUUUAGAAUUUACAGACAGGAUUUCCCUUUGUCCAUUUCUUGUUUUAUUUAUAAAUGUCCUCUGAACUCUAUGGUCCCAGGGAGACCUUAAUAGCAGUAAAUGGGCUCAUAGCACUGCCCUGGGACAGGGUUUCAAUUGAAUAUGUGGGCUGGCUGACUUUUAUUCCACUAAAUCAGGGGGUUUCAACCUUUUUUCAUUUGCAGACCCCUAAAAAAUUUCAAAUGGAGGUGCGGAUUCCUUUGGAGAACUCUGACAUAGUCUGCGGACCCUCAGGGGCCUGUGGACCGCAGGUUGAAACCCACUGCCCUAAAUUAACUCUAGGGAUGAAAUGACCAGCUGGCUGCAUUUGUUACUAGAAACUAAGUCUGGGCUGAGGACUCACGCUAGUGUUUUGGAUCCCUGACUUGCCCCAGUCCCUUUAACUGCUUCGUAGGCAAUGCAGAAAAUACUGACUGGUCUUUUCUGAACCCAGACGUUCUGGGACAAAUUCACUGAAGUGGAUACAAAGCCACUGAAACCCAUAGAGUUGCACCAGUAUAAAUGUGUUGUACAGCAGAUCUGGAUUAGGUCUCAUGUAACUUAGGCUCAGCUUGUCUGUUGUAAAAAGGGUCUAUCCACUGUAAUGUUACGAGUGGCCACAGUCCCUAAUGGGCUUAAGUAAACCUCACGAUGAGUUAUGCUAUGUAAAUAUAUCGUAUUGUGCCAGUCUGGCAUGCAACAGCACCCUGCAACAUAACACCCACUCCCCCGGCCCCCGAGCCAAGGACAGGAAAUCCAGUUCCCACACCUGCCUGCUUUCAUUAUUUAACCAUAACCAAACCCCCUCCUUUAAGAAGGGGAAAAUCAAACACAAGGUAUCCAGAUCUGAGCAAUAUAACAUGCCAUGACUGAAGCUGUACAAACUCUAUGUUCCACUGUCCUCCCAGGACGGGGCACCAAACAAUGACCAGGGUGCACAGAGAGGAAAAAACUUGCUUGUCGCUGUGAGGAGUGGAGUGGGGAAGAGGAGGGAGAAAUGUGGGUGACCAACUGCAUGGGAAGGAGGAAGAAUGAACUGGCCUUUUAAAUUUUAAACAGAUCCAUGAAGGGUUUUCCCUCCCUAGUUGUGUAAGGGUGCAUUUAUUUUCCAUGCUCUGCUUUGCAUUGUUCUGCUCCCCAGACAGAAAAGAACAACAAAUCCUGAAUCCGACUGCAGACCCUGCUUCCAUAGUCCCGUCCUCUGGGAUAGUUUUCUCUCUGUUGUUUUUUCCCAGCUGCUAGGCGCUUUCUUCUUUUUUUUUUUUAAAUAAAAACCAGUGGCAGGAUUUUACUUUCUGCUAGUAAUA